UAUUCUCCGUGCUGUUCCAAUGGCCCGGCCUCCGGAACCAGAGCCUCGGGUUUGAAGUCCAGACGCCGCAGCAGCUCCAUCAGAGCCACGAUGAAGCAAAGUAAGUUGGAGAGUGAUGGAGCUACUGCGAUGAAUCAAAGUAAGUUGGAGUAUGAUGGAGCUACUGUGACGAAUCAAAGUAAGUUGAAGAGUGAUGGAGAUACUGCGAUGAAUCAAAAAGGGAAGACUCCCUUGGAGCUGCAUGUUGAAUUUUUCGAUAGGGAUGGGGAUGGCAAAGUGUACCCCUGGGAAACGUACAAUGGAUUCAGAGCGUUGGGUUUCGAUAUUCCCUUCUCUGUUUUCAGCACACUUGCACUUAAUGUUGCCUUGAGCUAUCCGACGUUGGAGAGCUGGAUCCCCGACCUACUCUUCCCAGUUCACAUCAAGAACAUACACAAGGGCAUACAUGGAAGUGACACGGGAAUUUAUGAUCAUGACGGGAACUUUGACGAAGCCAACUUUGAGAAGACUUUCGCGAAGUUUGCGCGUACACAUCCGGACAAAAUGACAUUCGACGAGAUCCUAACCAUGACACGAAGAAACCGCGAUGUUAACGACUUUUUUGGAUGGGCCGCAGCCCAGCUCGAAUGGCGACCUGCUUACGAAAUAAUGAGAGACCAGGACGGCUUCGCUUCAAAGGAGGAUAUCCGAGCAAUCUACGACGGCAGCCUGUUUUACCAAGUUGAGCAACGCGUAAAGGGGGCCAAGGAGGUUUCGUAAACUCUUAAUCUUAAUCGCUUCUUUCUUUCACGAGAGUCCACAAGGCCACCGUAGCAAUGCGGUGCUAAGCGUCAACGUGGAUGUAACCAGGGAACAACGAAGCAAGUGGCUUUCACAAGUCACAAACUCGGAGCCAAAGCCGUACGGCUUUGUCCAGUGUGUCGAGCCCUUGAUGUUUGCCACUUGGAACACGAAUUUUCACCUUUGCUCCGCCCCUGUUGCCAGAGGCUUCAACGUGAUGGUGCUCGCAGGAAGAACUCUAGCAGCGGUAUGAGAAGGCUGGUCAGAGGACUCGCUAUAGACUGUGCAAGCAAAGAAACUUGAGAGAGCACCUCGAUUCGAAGCUAUGCUCCUCCGACGUCUUCACUCUGGCGCGUCUCAUGCGCGAGUGUGGUUCUCUGGGAAGCCUGCUACAUGCACAAAAGAUUCACAGUCACGUCGUAGAGUUUGGCUUUCAGGAAACCUUUUACCUGCGUGAGCGCCUCGUCGACAUGUACCUCAAGUGU